GGUCAUUGAAUCAUUGAACCAAUAUCAGCAAAGACGACGGAAGGAAAGAAGUUUAAUGGACGAGAGAAGAAAGAAAAUCCGGAGCCUGCAGUGGAGGACAGGCCUACCGGCCUACCCCAACCACCACUAGGAAGUCAUGCUUCCACUUUUACUCAUCAUCGUUCAUCUAAAUGAUAUAAUUUAAAGUUCUUGGUAGCAAAGUCCAAUCUUUAAAUCGCAGAGUGCAAGCAGUUACGAAAUAAUAUACUAUCUAACACACUUUAUAAAUUAGAAUUAGUUACGUGGAUGUUUUAGAAUUUUAAAUCGAAGUCACAGUUUUGUUAUUUUGUUUUACUUCACAAAUCGACCGAUAUUUUUUCACUUCUUCUUAUGACACUUAUUUUCACUGCUGUUUAAGUAUAUGUGAGUCGACUAUUAUCAAAGGCGGCAAUCUGACUUUUGCCAAUGAUUGGUAAAUCAGAAAAACGAAUUAUUGACUUUGUAUUCCAUUGGCAGUCACAAAACUCUUCGGAACGACAUCUUAAAUAAAUAACAGGUUAAAUAGUAACCUUUAUUUAAUGCAGGUUUUGAACCGUAUUCUUUGAAGGAGACGAUUAUAUUCAAAUAAAUCUGUAUUGACAUAUCAAUAAUUUUUUUUGGUCCAAAUGCACAGAUUGCCGCCUUUGAUAAUAGACGACUCAUGUUUUCUUUUGACGUGACAACGUCUUUUAAUUCGAUGGGGCCGGCUGCACGCACGAAAAAACAUGACUCAUGCGGCGUUACCUCGCUCUGAGGCGUUCCAUUUAAGGCUUGAAGUGCGAGCGCGCAACGAGCGACAAAGAGGCACAAUCGGCCUGCGCGUUCGGUAGCGUUCGACAUCUGUCUCUCUCUCUCUCUCUCCUACUUGAGUGAGCGAUGCAUCCGCGUGGACAGCUGCUAAGCUGCUAUACACUAAUACAUUUACAUGUUUUCGUCAAGUAUGAAUAUAACGUAGUGAUUACUCGCUCAGUGAAAAAGUGAAUGUGGUGUUAAUUGUUUAUAGCAACGAUAAUUGCGGCGGUAAAGAACCGCUUACGAUCGCACAAUGGAAAAACAACCUGACGAACCAGAGGAUUUCACAAAUGAGCCACUACCUUCUAUGAGUGUACCCAUGGAGGUUGAAGAUGCUGUAGCAUCUACUUUAGCAACGCCAUUCGCGCAGCCAAUAAUCUUUGCUUCAAAAUCGAAAGCACAAAAACAACGUGAGUACAGACAGCGUAUCGCAGCAUCUAGAACUCCUGAACAGGCGGCUGCUGCAAGAAAAUUAAAAAACGAAAGGCAACGCAAAAACAGAUUACGCCAAGCUGCUAACUUGGCUCGAUCUACCUCUGCGACGCCAUUUGCAGAACCAAUAACUGCUGCUCCAAAAACAAGGGCACAAAUACAACGUGAGUACAGACAGCGGACUGCUGCAUCCAGAACUCCUGCACAGGCAGCAGCUGCAAGAGAAGCACGUAAUAUAAGAGAGCGAAACAACAGAUUAUACCAAGCUGCUAACUUUGCUAUUGCCAGUGGUUCUCUGGAAGCGACAACUACUUUUUUCUUAAAUAAUAUUAACAGGUGGUACCACAUGAAAACUUUAGUACUGGACAAGCUGAAGACACUUUAUGCGGCAGAUGAUAAAAGUGAAAAUGUAUCUGCUAAGGACCGAAUGUCCCAGAUGGAUUGGUUUAUAUUUGACUUUGCUCUCGUCCAUGAGAAAAUAGAUCUAAUUGGAAAAGAUGGUAUGAGAUGUCAAACUCAGGAUCGUCAGCCGUUGAUUGAUCUCUUCGAGCUGGUUACGAAGUUUGACAUAGAGGACAGGUCCGGAGACAGUCUGGCCGGCGCCUGGACUGCGGCCACCGCCCUCUACAACUCGAGGGGUUGUCAGUGCUCACCGAUGCUACUGCAGAAGCGUUGGUAUCAACUGAAGGAGAUGACCAGGGAAUCGCUAUAUGAGUACUGGUACGCCUCCCGCGAGAACUCUCCUUCGUCGGCCGAGUCUAUACAAAGACCAACCAAAUUACAGAGAGCUGUUGCCCGGAAAUACCCGUCAAUAAUAACGAGUGCGUUUCCGGAAUGGCGAGAACUGAUCGAGAACAGACUUGUAAUAAUGUCUGAAGACUUCGAAAAGGAGAAUUGGAUGAACAACGCGGAAGCUUCUAUAGACACUGAAUCUCAACCAGACUUAGAAGUCAUUGAACCUUUCAUAGAAACGAUAGAUGUGGACCAAGAUUUGGACAGCGAAACAAGGAAGCUCGGGAGAAGAAGCGACGAGAACACAGAAACCAAUGGAAUGAUUAUUGAAAUAAAAUCCGAACCUAGAGAUUUUGAAGAUCUGGCUGAGCCAUUACAAACUAUCAAAAUACCAUUACUUUUAAACACCGGGAAAACAGAACAAUUGAUCGAAAAUGAAACAUACAAUACUGUUUCUGGUGAAGAUGUGGUGAAGACUGACAAAAAUAUAAACAUUACCCCUACUCUUGAUUACCUUCGCGAAACAAUCGAAAAUUCAAAUGAAGGGAAAGCUAAACUAAUUGAGGAAAUAGUACCGAAAAUUGCUGGUGUCUACGGCAACGUGCAUGAUUGUCAAGAAAGUAAAGAUCCACGAGCUACAAAAGUAUGUGAAGGUAAACCAAUGAUUGUAGAAGAAACUAAAUGUUACCAAGAUGCAACCAACAAUGUGUCUAAUGCAGAAGAUAUACAAGAAAAAGUGUUGCAAGACACAAAUAUAAUAUUAAAGUCUGAAAUAGAAGAACACUUGCAAUUAAAUAUUUUUGAUAACGUAAUAGAAUUUGCUGACAACAAUGUCCAGUCUAUUGGAAAUGAUCAUGUAAAUACAGCUCACAUUAUUCAGACCAAAAAUGAUUUGACUGUACAAAGUCAGUUAAGUUGUGAACAUGGAAAUAGUACACCAACUUUUGAAUCGAAAUGUUUCAAGCGUCUCUUUGAUCUGAAAGAAGAUGAAAUGAAAAUGUCAAAAAACAAUCCGCACGCUUGUAACGAAAAUGACAGUUUAAAACAACUGAACAUUUCAGAAAUAGAAACUGAUGUUGAUAAAAUUACGAAUCGAAAUAAUUUUGACAUCAGUAAUACAAUGAACAACACUUUGUUCUUAGAAAGUAAAACUGGUGCACAAAGCGAAAAUAGAACCGAUGAUAGUAUGAAAGUGAAAAUGUCUAGUCACUUGUUUCAUAAACCCCGAAAUCGUUCGUAUGAUCCUACACAGCUUUGCAAGAAUCCGGACUUUAACAAGAAGUUGAAAAGAUUAACGGAUGCAUUCUUAAGUUCGCCGCGUAACAGGGUACUGCUCAAUGCUUGCAGGCCGAUCACUGUUGAUGUAAUGAAGGCGAUUGAAUCCAAACUGUUCAACGGUACAGUGUACUUGAAGGACUGCGACCAACUGAACUCGAAUGUUCCAGACCGCGGCGACGUUAGCGACACUGCGACGCGAGUUCCUUCAACAAUCGCUUCCCGGAGCUCUACAAAUAUUCGUUUAGUCAAUCCUGAUCAUUUAAUGCCGCUAUCGAAAUGUUACACAUCGAAUUUAACACAAGAAAGUUGUGGUGAUGCGAUGGAGAUAAACAGGAAGAUCAAUCAACCAGAUAUAACAGAAGUUCCUUGCUCAAAUCAAAGUUGGCUGACAAUUGAAGUACCUCCCCUGACCGUGCGAACUAAUAAUGAAAGUAUAGCUGCAACUCCAGAACUCAAGUCAAACCUAUCGUGUACAGUGAAAGAAACCGGUAUUUCGUCCAAAAAGAAACCAAGAGAAGAACUUUCAGUUGUGAACGAUUGUUUUCUUACCCACGACAUCCUCAACAAAAUUUUAGUAAAAAUGGAUGAAGAUGAACAUAAUUCUUCCAGAGUCACGUUUGGUAUAUCAUCUCAGAUACUAAAGCCAAACACAAAACAUACCAUGUUUAAGAAAAACAACAGUAUUCCCGAUGUUGAAAUACAACCCUGCAGGUCUGCUGCACAAAAUACAACAAAAAUUGUGUCAGCUGUCGAACUGUUGAGUGAGCGAAAUUAUUCCGCGGCGAAUGACAGCCCUAUCACGGCAGACAACAUCGUAGUCGACAGUGAAAGUCAAAUCGUUAAACCGGUAUUCGCGCAGGAAUUAUACCAGACCGACAAACAUGCAAUUAUAAAUAAGACAUCUGACGUAAAAACUCUAGUGAUAGAGCCAAUCUUCAACCAUGUUGCCGAACAGUCUAAACAACUUAUGUUUAUGGUGUCACUUGCGUCUCAACAAAUAUUAGAUAAACGGAAAGAAAUAGAUUAAUCUCCUGAUUUUAUCAUUGAAAACAACUACUACAUCACUGAAAAGAUCGUAAAAGUUGAUGCAAUUUCUAAGCCUAAUCAAAGUGUAAAUAAUGCAAACCCUCCCCACACAAGAAGCAUAUUGGGUCACACACGUAAACCACGUGUAAUAGUACAUUGUGCACCAAGGGAGAAAAGUAGGACAUUUCCUCCCGCGUGUAAAAUUGCCACCCGAGCCGAAGUUAGACUUUCUUCCCUGUACAGCGGGAAGAAAACCGAACUUUCGGCGUAGAUAGAAGAAAAAAAUAAUAGUGAUAUACCCUAACGAGACUGAAAUUGUGUUUGAUCGGAAUACAGUUAUGUAAAUAUCUAUAUAUUAAUACGUGAUGUAAAAACUUUGUAUCCCUUUUACGAAAAUUGCGCGGACGGUGGGGUAUGAAAUUUUCCACACUUAUAGAGAUUAUAGAGAAGAAAUGUACAGUGUUAAUAAUUUUUUUAAAUAAUGCAUAAAAUAUACAAUAAAUCAAUAAAGAAAACAUUACACACACUACCAUGUAUUUGACGCACACACGCAUGCAUACUAUUUAUUUAUUGUCAAAUUUUUGUUCUUGACGUCUGUGGUCAAAUUGAGAAUAGAUUAAAUAUUGUUUGUCUUUAUUUAAUUUUUUUCUAUAGUGUUGUAUUCUUGCCGAAAUUUGUGAUUUAUGAAAUAAUCUUUGAAAAUAGAAUCAUAAUAGAGUACAAGCUUACAAUUUCAAUUAAAUAUAGUCGAAUUUCGACUACUGCGGGACCACUAGUACCAAUUAAUUGUUAUGGUACAAAUCCCAGACGUCACGCCGGUCGUCGAAUUGGAUACAUAACAAAUCAACACACUACUUGUUGUCAAGUCGGCACUGUAACAAAUCACCGAAAAUAGAAAAAAAUCUUCCUGUAUUCCAAACUUAAUUUAUGAAUAUUAAUGACAUAAUCAAUAGUAAUAUGUAUAUAAAUCUAUAGUGGUUUUUACGGAUUUUCCGUUAUAACUACUGAACCAUGCAUCCGAUUGACUUGAAACUUUGUAAUCCAUGUAGAAAAUACAUGUACUUAAUGGAUUCUUCUUCUUCUUCUUUGUCGUUUCCUCAUUACUGAGGGUCGUGACCACCUUGGUCCAGUUUUUGCACCAGCUUCCUCCAAUGUUACCUGUAUUCGGCCUGCUUAAUGGCGCCCGGGACGCUGGUUUUUGUGGCCUCCUUGACAGUGUCCGUCCACCUGGUUGGCAAUCUUCCUCGACUUCUCUUUCCUUCCACGUUUUUCUUUUUUUUUUUAUUCAGUCAGUAUAGUUACAACGGCUACCCCACCCUUCGAACCGAAACGCAUUACUGCUUCACGGCGGAAAUAGGCGGGGUGGUGGUACCUACCCUUGCGGACUCACAAGAGGUUCUACCACCAGUGAUUACGCAAAUUAUAAUUUUGCGGGUUUGGUUUUUAUUACACGAUGUUAUUCCUUCACCGUGGAAGUCAAUCGUGAACAUUUGAUGAGUACGUAUUUCAUUAGAAAAAUUGGUACCCGCCUGCGGGAUUCGAACACCGUUGCAUCGCUACAUACGGACGUCUUAUCCUUUAAGCCGAAUUUACAUUACGAAAUUAGUGGCGUGAAAUUAAUUUCGUGACAUUAGUUUUACUAACAGUUUCACGUGUAAUUUAAUACUUUCGUAAUGCAUGCAUUAGUUCAUGCAUGGAAAUUAGUUUCGUGCCCUGCGCGAUUUUUUGGUGAAAUUAAUGUCAUGCAACUAAUUUCAUAGUGUAAACGCGACGUGAAACUAAUGUCGCGAAAGGGCCUGCGCUGUGCGGACGUGUGUAUUGUUAGUUCCGACGCGCUUCAAACGUUGAAAAUGGCAAACCAACGAUGGAGUACAGAUAAAAAUAUAGAUCUUAUUAAUGAAUAUCAGCGACAACGGUGUCUCUGGGACCCGAAACACCUACAGUAAAAAAGCAAAAUUAUAUUCACUCAUUCGAUAAUAGUUUUUAUAACUCUCAGGAUCUUCAUCUGCUAAUUCAGAGACUAAUUUCAUUGCACCUAAAUGCCUUCUUGUUGACCAUCCUCGAAUCUACCAACCUUUUUUUUCUUGAUAGUCUUUUUUUUAAGUUUAUAGGUAUAUAAGCAUUUCUUUAGCUACAUUGAAUAUAGCAUAUAGCAUAGAAUUUAGCUUUGAUGGUGAUGGCGCCAUGGUUACUGCGAUACUGUGGAUUUCGCGACACUAAUUUUUUGACGAAAUUACUUUCGCAUACAUCGAAACUACUUUCGUGAAACUGAGCUCAACAUGCAUGACACUAAUUUCGUAAUGUAAACUCGGCAUUAGGCCACGACGACUUCAGUGUCCACGUGACCUACAACUAUUAAUUUUUCAAAGUUCUCAGGAUUUUGUCGGGCCACGUGUCCGAAGUACUUGAGGAGACGCUGCAUACAGAUCGUAGAUAGACGGGUCUUGACGUUUAGUUUCGAGAGAAUUGACACAUUUGUACGGCGCUCCGUCCAUGAUACGCCCAACAUUUUGCGCCAACACCACAUUUCAAAUGCGUCAAUUCUCAAUCGGGUACGGGCCUUGAGGGUCCACGUCUCCGAAGCGUACAAGAAUAUGGAGAAGAUAAGGGUUCUCAUGAGCUUUAUCUUAGUUUUUUUGCUUAUGCUGCGAUUUCUCCAAAUCUUCUCCAAUCGCUUCACGGCUAGUAUUUAUAUCAGUGUUGGACUCCCUAAUAAUAAUGACAACAAAUAAUAAUGUUAAUUUUAAAUGAACAGCGAAGCGAGCGAGUAUGGCUAUCUAUACCAAUAUUAUAAAGCUGAAGAGUUUGUUUGUUUGAUCGCGCUAAUCUCAGGAACUACUGGUCCGAUUUGAAAAAAUAUUUCAGUGUUAGAUAGCCCAUUUAUUGAGGAAGGCUAUAGGCUAUAUAACAUCACGGUAAGACCAAUACAAGUGGAGCACCAAUAAAGAAUGUUUCAAUAUCUAUACUAAUAUUAUAAAGAGGAAAGAUUUGUUUGUUUGUUUGUUUCGAAUAGGCUCCGAAACUACUGGACCGAUUUGAAAAAUUCUUUUUCCAUUAGAAGCCGACAUUGUCCCUGAUGAACAUAGGCUACUUUUUUUAAAAAAAAAAUUAUUUUAUUUUUUUGGGUUCAUGUGUGUUUUAAUGUUUCCGAAGCGAAGCGAGGGCGGGUCGCUAGUAUUUAUGAAAUCUCAUAGUACUUUCUGUACCUUCAUUGUGAUUUUCAUUUAAUUUAAAACUUUAAUGUACAAAACAGUUUAUUUAGAUCUAAACAUGUACAUAGUGUUCCAAAUCGUGUACAUAGUUAUGUCAAUAAUAAAGGCAAGCAAUAUGUAAAAUACUUUUAAAUUGUGAUAAUUAUAUCUAAAUAUUGUAAUUUAAGUAACUAAUACUACAAGUCAAUAUUUGAAAUUACCUAUUUAGCUUAGAUGAUAAUAAAUAUAUAAAAAAUAUUGAA